AGUCUUGAAAAUGUCGAUGGAAGGUAACGGAACGGUACCCUUUGGGAGGUCUAGUAGCGAAGAAGAGAUAUGUCCGAAAGUGAAAGUAUCGAGAAAAGUUUUAAAUCAGCCAAACUUUGAAGCUCGCUUCUAUUCUGGUGACAGAUAUUCAAAAACAGUUAAAGAAAGAUUUGGCGAAGUAAAGCAAAAAUGUACUGUUUCUACAUCUUGCAUGAAGAGUGUACUCUUCAAAAUCUUUCCGUUUAUCGGCAUAAUGGGUAAUUACAAGGUCAAAGAAGAUUUACUUGGAGACCUUGUUAGCGGGUUUACUGUUGGUAUUAUGCAUAUUCCUCAAGGUAAGGAAUUAUUUUAUGACACUCGUAAACUGAACUUGUCUUGGCUCUGAAAGAUAUAUUUUUUUCUGACUACUAUUAAGUACAAAACGCGUAAUUGGUAAUUUAUUUAAAAGAUACAUAAAUAUGCUAUUUGUAUAUACGAUCUAGU